AAGCCGCUGUGACAGCUCGCAGCAGCGCGCAGAAGCUCACGCGCGCCGGGGGUCGGCUCCACUUAUUGGAUCUUUUUCAGGAGAACGUGCGCACCUCCUCGCGCGCUGUUAUCUGCGGCAAGAGCUGCGACGAGGAACUGUUUUCCUUGCAUCGUGUAGACGUCCAGUUUUUACAAAGAUACAGGAGUUAUUUUUGGAUUGAUUACGGGGAUUUAAUCGCCGAGAACGCUGGCAGUGGAAGAUAGCGAGGGAAGAAACUGAAAAAAUGCCGACACAUUUGAAAUGGAUGCUGAGCGGUCGCUAGGUCGCAGCUGUCUGUCGAGGCAAGCAUGGAACGAGAGGGUUCGUUUAGGAGGAUUUCGAGGAGCCUCCACAGUAAGCUGAGGUUGGGAGGCGGCUCGUCCUCCAGCCUCACUGACCUCUCGCAGGCGAAGAACCCAGGAGGAGGAGGAGGAGGAGGAGCGGGGGAUAAGGGAGGACUGCCAGAGGAGAGCAGCAGGGACAAAGGGACCCAGCAUAGGAGGGCUGGAGCGAACGCCACCUGGAACAGCAUCCACAACGCAGUGAUCUCAGUCUUCCAGAGGAAGGAUCUCGCUGAAAAUGAACUGUACACUCUGAAUGAAGGCGUCAGGCAGCUGCUGAAGACAGAGCUGGGCUCCUUCUUUACGGAGUACCUUCAGGACCAGCUGCUCACUAAGGGCAUGGUCAUACUGAGAGACAAGAUCCGCUUUUAUGAAGGUCAGAAGCUGCUGGACUCCCUUGCUGACACUUGGGAUUUCUUCUUCUGUGAUGUCCUGUCCAUGCUGCAGGCUAUUUUCUAUCCUGUACAGGGGAAGGAGCCGUCUGUGCGUCAGCUGGCUCUGCUCCACUUCAGAAACAUCAUUACCCUCAACCUGAAACUGGAUGAGGCUCUGUCCCGCCCCCGAGCCAGAGUUCCUCCUUCAAUCAUACAGAUGCUGCUAAUACUACAGGGAGUCCAUGAAUCUAAAGGUGUAACAGACGACUACCUCCGACUGGAGUCUCUCAUUCAGAAGGUGGUCUCUCCCUACCUCGGCACUGAUGGCUUAUACUCCAGAGAUGGAUCUUCCAAUUUGCACUGCUCCUCCUGCCUUUUAGAGAAGCGUUUGCAGCGCUCCUGGCCCUCCAAAACAGGCAACUCUGCUGCCAAGAACCCAGUGGUACGUUCCAAGAGCUACAAUGUUCCCAUGCUGACCCCCGUGGUGGAGUAUGAUGUCGACUCCUCGGUGGCAGGCGGCGCAAGUAUUAGACGACACUCCGUCUCUGAGAUGACUUCCUGCUUGGAGGAGACCAGCUCUGUGGCUGAAUCCACAAACACUGCCAACAACACCAGCAACACCAGCACAUCCAGCCACACCGAUGACUCCUCCUCUUCGUCUGCUUCUGCUGCACUUUCAGACACUGUGACCUCCAGCCAGGACCCCCAACCCAGAGACUCUGAAAGUCCUGCAGGUCCCCUCAUUUUCCUGCCCCAGAGCCACUCCCCCUGCAUCCUCCCUGAUCCGUCCCCAGCUGAGGACACACACUGCACAGGCUCACUGGUAUCAGACUCCCCCGCGUCCUCCAGAAUGCUGGCACAUGACACCAGCUCCGGUCCCAGUCCUGCCUCCAGCCCUGAGAUCAUGAUGGAUCACAUCCUGGAGUCCCUGGACUCUGAGCCGGAGCCCGAUGGAAUCUUCCUGGACUUCUCACGACGCUGCUCUGUAGGGUCGACGCACAGUAGAGACAGCAACAGGCAAAGUGUGGCGUAACACACACAAACACACACAUGUCAAAGGAGACACACACACAAUGCUGGGCCAUGCCUGACAGCCCUCAUAGUGUGUGCUGUUGUUUUAUAGAGACUCUACAUCAUCAGGGAAUCUUUCAAACUGAAACAUAUUUUCUAUAACGUGAUGACUCAUCCUUUAGAAAUAACUAACCUCUUUAUCACUGUUAAAAACAACAUGUGAAUAGUGAAUAACUGUUUUCACACACUUACAAACAUCAGCACUGACCUCUCUGGGAAUCUACAGUCACCCAAAUAACAAACUAGACUCAGACCGGUGUUGGUCACAGGUUCAAUCUUAGCAAUAUAUUUGUAUCAAUAAACUUUUAGACACUGAGCCAGUGAUGACAAUGCAUCCUGGAGGCAUUUGCACAUUUCAGUAAUGUCAAGUGUCUCCUAAAGACUGAUGCUGAUGAUCAGCUGUAAUUUAACAAACUCCAGUCUGACCAGGGAUCCUUAUACUGCUGGUGCGACUUAAACUUGUGUUUCUUUUUGAUGAUUAAAUAUUCAUUUGAACUUUG